UUCUUUUUUGAACGAAAAUAUGGAACGCAUGAUGUACACGGUAUCGAAGAUGAUGCUGACGAAUUGAUGUGGCGAAAUGUUAGCAUUAAGGGAGCCUAUAUACGGCCACAAAUGACCGAUGCUUCGGCACGGAUAGUGCGAACAAAUCAGAUUGUUGUUGCUGCUGGGAAGGGACGUGAUUUGUUAGCAGUUGAGCUGCCCGUCCGUGCACGAAAACGCAUGGUAUUCGUUGUGCAUGCCCCAGAUGUUCCAGCUUUAGAUAUGCCUGCACUUUUUGAUCCAUCCGGUGUUUAUUGUUUGAUGGAAGAAGUUGGCAAUACGUUCAUUUGUGGAAAAAUCCCAAGCAAGGUAGAAAUGUAA